CAGAUUUUCUACUCGAGCCGCACCAACAUUGCGCAAAGACUGGGCAAUAGGAUACGAGGUUUCCUUUUGCGGGGCUUCACAAACCUAUCGCCUACGAGCGUGCCUUGAUGUCUAUCUGGACUGUGCUGAAAUUGCUCAAGGGUCGUUCAUUCGACGGCGAGAGGCAGAAAAGUAGAGAACCCCGAAUCCCUUCAAAACCAAACCAUCUACUCACCUUUGACCAUUCCCGCCCUCUAGCAUCGUUGGCACUGGACAUGCAGACGAAGAUGGCUUGCUGCGAGUUUCGCCUUCCCUCGCAUUAAAAUGUAGUCACGUGUGUCGAAACGCGAAAAGUCCACCUGGCGCCGCUCCCCGCGUCCACCCCCGGCUCCUCCUUCCAUCAUCAACACAGCUCCACCUCCCCAAUACCAGCCCCAACGACAGAAGCGCGCAGCACGCAAGCCGGCUUUCGAUACCAAUCCAAAAUGGCGGAUAACAGCGCAACUACCCAGGGCUCUGCCCAGCAGCCUUCUGACCCCAAGGGCAAGGGCAAAGCUACGGAGCCUGAGUCUCACGAUGCGAGCAUGGAGGAGGCUGAUGACAGUUCGAGCGAGGAGGAAGUUGAUGAGGACGCGCCCGUUGUUGACGAGGAAGACGCCGACAACAUGGAAGAAAUUGACCCCGAAAACAUCAUUAGUGAUGGUCGCCGCACCCGUGGUCGUAAGAUCGACUUCGCGAAGGCCGCACAGGAGUUGCCUGAAGAAGACGACGAAGACGACGACGAUGAUGACUUCGAGGCCGCUGACGACGACAAGAUGGAAGAGUAA